AUGCUUUACGAACAUUAUUACCUUUUUUUAUUAAUUAAUAGUCAUGCAUUUACAAUCAUAAGAAUUAAAUUAUUAGAAGAUUCUAUUCAACAUAGUACAAGUUCCUGUACUUUUGGUAAAUUUGCUCUAACUCAACUUAUAGAUGAUAUUGAUUUUCGAAUAUUAACUUAUCUUGAACAACAAUUAAAACAACAGUACUCUGAUAUACGUGUUCGUCAAGCAAUUGCGUCGACUUUUGCUAAUCUUAAAAAAUAUAUUAAUACAAAUGAAAGUGAUUUUCAAGCUGCUAUACUCGAUUUACUUGUUCAAUUACUUUUAAUUCGUCAUUUUAUUUGUUGUAUUGCUGAAUUUCUUGCUAUGUUAUCACAUGAUACACUUCAUUCAAAACAAGUUAUUAAAGUACAAGAUUUAAUAAAACAUUAUGAUUCAUUAUUAGCAAGUGGACAUGAACCUGCAACACAUGCUUUCACAGCAUUAGAACCAGUUUUAUAUGAUUUUUUUCUUGCUUUACGAUUGUUCACAGUUAUUGUUAAUAGUGUUCAAAUUGAAGAUGAUAAAUGGGAACGUCUUUCACGACAAAUUGUCGAUUUACUUCUUGCUCAUUUACAAUCUCAGGUUAUUUUUUUGUUCAAAUAGGAUCAAUCACUUUUGGAUAUUUUUUCCACACAAUUAACACUAUUUGAUGUUGUCUCAUCAGUUGCAUUACGAUCAAUUGAUCCAUUUGUUGUUGCUUUUCGAGCAUUAGUAAAUAGAAAUGUCCGUUGUUUUUAUUUAUAAAAUUUUCCUGUAGUUCAAAAUUUUUUUUAGAAUGUCAAUUGUCAAUCUACAAAUCGAUAAUUAAUCAAUAUAAAUAUAAUACUUCGAUGUCUUGUACAAAAUUUAACUGAAGAUGCUAUAUUAACACGAUAGAAUGAUGUUUUAUCAUCAGUUAAUGGAACAUGAGAUGAAACUUUUAGUGCGUAAGUAUUCGAAAUGAUUUUAUUUAUAAUUUAAAAACUAUUAUUCUCGUUUUUGUUUUCAGAGCUCUUCUUCGUGUUGUACAUGACAUAAUAUUAUGAAUUUUAACUAAUACUCGACAAUUACGUGGUCAAAUCAAUAUGACAUUAGUUUCUCUCGCAUCCGAUUAUCUUUAUGUACAUAUCACCCAUUACUUUGAAGAUAAAACUUUCCUGCAAUUCAUUAAUUACUAAUGACCUAGCGAAAUAAAUUUGACUUUAAAAUUCCUAUGCUUAUAUAAGUUCUGUAAUUUUAUUUUGGCUAAACAGUUUCGAACAAUUGUAAAUGAUUUUCAUCAAUUAUGAAUUCAUGAUGAAACUGUACAUUGUCUUGAGACAUUUUCAUAUUUAACUAUUUUAUUUGAAUGUUUUAAAUUAUUAUGAUCAUCAUUUUAUAUCUCAUUAUUAUUACAAUGGACACAUUCUGAAUAUACUUGAUUAUACACAAGAAGCAUGGUGAUCACCAAUAUUGACACCAUCAUCAAGAAUACAUUUAUCUAUCAGUGGUCAAUUACAAUCUUAUUGUGAUUUAAUAUAUCAUCAUGAAUUAUAUGUUGAACAUUUUACAUCAAUAACAACACAUUAUCAAUUAUUAUUAUUAUUUUUUAUUUUAUCUUAUACAUCAUACAUCAGUUGCAAGUCAUUUAUUUUUUUUGUGAAAGAAUACAUUUAGAUGAAAGUGGUCUUCUAUUAGUUUUAUUAGUUGAACAAUUCCUUCCAUUACCAUUAAAUAAACAAUUAUGACCUAAAUAUAUACCAUAACUUUUAUAAAUAUUAUCAAUAACAACAUCAAUUGAUAUUAUUAAAGAAGAUUUUAAUAAUCUUAAUUAUCCUAUGGAUAUAACAAGAAAAAUUUAUGCACAAAUGCUUAAAAAUAUAACUUAUAAAAAAUGAUUACCAUUAAUGAUGUCACCGGUAUAUUUUAGUUUAAUUUAUCGAAAUAAAUAUAUAUAUGUAUAAUAAAAAUUUUAAUUCAAUUAAAAGAAAUGUUUUUUUUUACUUUGACAUUGUUUAUGUGCUAGUAAUAGAGGAGACUUUUGAAUAAUUCAAAAUUUCAAAAAAUAUUUUGAAAUAGAAAAUAUGCAGAAUUUCAGGUAAUACAAAUCGUAAAGGAAAGCAUUUAAGUUACAUUAGUACAAUGACUGAAUAAUUCCUCUCGAAUCUUAUUGAUCAAAUUCUCAGUCGUGCUAUUUGUACUAUUACAAUUAAAGAAAACGACGUCUUUCUAAUAUUAUAUUUCGAAAUAAAUUGCAUUCGAGAAUUUCGAUAAACUUUCUAUAAGUUUGAACUCGUGAACUCCGAAAACGUGUUGGAUUUUUUCCAUAGCAUUAAAUUUUUAGGAUGAUUCUUAUAGUAAAUGAAAAUUGAUUUGAGAAAAUAAGAAACAAUAUAAAUCUGUUCUUUGUUUGUUUUCCUAGGGUUUUGUAUAGUUAUAUCAAAUGAAACCAAUCAAAAUGACAUUGAAACAACACCUAAUACAAUUUAUGAAAAAAGUCUUUUAUCAUGCUUCUAAUAAUCAACCAUAUUCAAUUGCAUUCAUAGAUUCUAUAUCAAUAUAUUUUGAUAAAAUACAAAAUUAUGUUGAAUUAACAUGUCAAUUUUCAACAGGUGAUAUACAUGAUUUAUUACGUUUUAUAAUAUUUAUAUCAGAAAUAAUUUAUAUAAAUAUAUUUCAAAAAAAAAACAUCAUUUCUUAGUUGUGAAACAG